CUCUGUAUUUUUGCUGAGUCGAAAUUUUGAAAGAGAGCAGCGCAGUCGCUAAAAGUUAAGACAUAUAUUAUAAAAACAAAACAUAAGCAGCCGAGCCGCGACAGUGUUAGUGAUUUGUUUUUUUUUAUUGUUUGGUGUUUAUUGUGCCCGUGAGCAGACCGGACGGACAGAAAGUCAAGCGUGGGGCGAGUGGAAUUAGUCCAAUUGGAGUUGCCCGAAAUUGAAUUCCGGAGUUAAGUAUUCCGGGGCAUUUUCCCCGCUGAAAACCCCGCUCAACCCCCAGCCCAAAGCCAUCACAAGAAUUAGGGGUUGCAAAAUUUUUGCAGCCAUCCCAAAAAAAGUCGGUGGAAAAGGAAAAGUGUUUGUGUGAAAUAUAAGGGAAGCGCGCAAGUAAACACUGCCCCAAAAAGUCCAAUCGGAAUCGGAAGGGGAAUCCGCCGAAUCCUUGAGAGAAUCCUUUUCGCGUGCCAUGCGUGACCUCGGCACCAAAAUGGCUGAGCUAAAAUUUGAGGCUCCGUUGGCGAAGUUCGAGGAGACGGACGAGUGGGGCGGCUGUGACUUCAUCUCGAAUCAGAACGCCCUUAACGACACGCUGAACCUGAAUCUGAAGGACUCCUCUUCCGGCGGCAAGCCCGAUGCGGCCAAGCUUCGGCUCCUAGAGGAUGCUGUUCGUGAUGCGCACGUGAGCAAGAACGGUGGAGGCGUAGGAGGAGCUGGCUCCAUAAGCCCCAAUUGCAACACGCUGCAGUGCGGAUCGGUCAUAGAUCUCGGCUUGUCCGAUGUGGGACUAGUGCCGGGUGAAGGGACAGGCUCUGGUCUGGAUGGCCUGGAGAAGCGAUCCCUCGCUGUCGGCGACCAUGUAGACAACUUUACGGAAACCUUCGGCGGAAGCUUAGAGGAUCUAGUCAACACGUUCGACGAGAAGAUAACCAAGUGUUUCGGUAACUACGAGGAGAACGUUGAGGAGCUGGCUCCAGUGCAAGUGCGCAGUCAGGAGGAGAUCAUGAACGAAUGCCAAAUGUGGUGGACCAUCACUGGCAAUUUCGGCAAUAUUCUGCCCAUCGACUGGUCCAAGUCGUACACCCGUCAGAUGCACAUGCCCACCUUGAAUCUGGGCCAGAUCCCAAACUCCAAGAAGCAGCAACAGCAGGCGCGCAACCAACAACAGCAGCUGCACCACCAGAGCCAGGCAUAUCCACACAGUAACGGAUCAGGCUCCGGAUCUGGAUCAGGCCUGGAUGCACAGACUCCAGGCGAUGAGUUCAAUGAUUUGGCCAGCGAGGACGAAGCGGUGGCCAACGACCUAGACAUGCAUGCCCUGAUCCUUAAUGGAUUGAACGGGGAUAUGGACGACCAGCCGAUCAAGACGGUGGAGGAGGUCAUCAAGGAGAUCGACGACAUCAUGGACGAGGCCGAGAGCCCGCUGGACGAGCCGGAGACCUGCGAUUCAGAGGUCAUCGAGAAGGCGCGGGAGGUCCUGGGAGCGCCCCUCUACGCGGAAAAACUGCAAUAUCUGACCACGACACAAUUGAAUGAACUGUACAUGGAGAUGGAAGUGCUGAUCCAGGAGCUCAGCGAGACGCUCAUCAACGAGCUGGCCCUGCGCGACGAGCUGGAAUUCGAAAAGGAGCUGAAGAACUCUUUCAUUUCGCUCCUCCUGGCCGUCCAGAACAAGCGGCGACAGUACCAUGUGGAAAAGAAGCGCGGCAAGUUCCAGGGUCCUGAGCCCAAGUACUUGACCACUGUCAUUCCGUAUCACCUGGAGAACGGUACGCCCAACAACCAGUCCCUGCAGGUCCUGAUCAAGAUUCUCAAGGCCAUCAACGAGGACAGCCCGACGGUGCCAGCCCUUCUCACGGACUACAUACUGAAGGUGCUCUGCCCCACAUAAGCCCAUCAGCCGUAGUAUCAGCCGAGGAUUAGGAACCCUAGCUAUCGCUCUAUCUCUCUGUCUGUGUUUAUACAAUUAUACCGUACAUCUAUAUAGAACUUGCAUAUACACACACCCACACACACACAACACACAUAAUUUAAUGAUUAGUUUGUACUUUAAAUUAUCGUUUAAAUGCAAUCUGUGUACUCAGGCGAAGCAAUUGCCUGCCUUCAGGAGGAGCAAGAUUUCCAAGAAGAAGGAGCCCGAAAUAUCUAUUGCUUUGAGAUCAUUCCUAUGAGUGUCUGAUAUUUUGGACACCAAAAUGGGAGUUCUCUUUGGAAGAUAGUGGAUCUUCUUUGCCGAUCCCCGAUAGAUCAAAAAUAUGCAACAAAAUACAUACAUAUAAUACAUAUAUAGACACACAUAUAUAUCUAACGAAAUAUUUACGGAGAGCGCGCUAUAACGAUUAAGCCAGUCCUCCCCGUGGCAAAAAUAAUACUCACAUCUCCGCCACCAUUCUUUCUCCCAAAAACUUCGAAGAUGAUAUUUAUACUAAUGAGCAUUCGUAUUGUUAUAGAGCUGACUCCAACUCCAACUAAGCUUAAUAUAUAUAUAUAUUAAUGAUAAAUGCAUCUGAAGCCAGUUGCAAGGCUCCCAACCAAGACGGUGGUAAAGCUUGAAAUAUUUCAUCUAUAUGUGUAAUAUCCAGAUCGAAAACCAUAUAAUACUGCUUGCAUUAUGUUCGCUACCCAGCUAUAUGCAAUCGAAUAAUCGGGCGUAUCUGCGCGUUCGGCAGCCAAUCCCUAGUGUGUACAAUAAGUAACUUGUAUGUAAUAUAUAACUUGAUUGUAAGAGGUGUAUGGCCAGCCCCUGGAAGAUCCGUCAUGUGUUCCGAGUGCAAUUUAUAUCAUUUGAGACGGGCAUCAGAAUUGUUUUCGCAUCGCUUUAAGUUUUACUAUACCUAAUUUACUCAUUUUUAUUGUUUUGCGAGGCCAUAAAAUGCGUUCUGUUUUUUUUGUUCAAAACAAUUGUUUAAUGUAAAUGAAGGAAACACAAAUUUAAUUUUAAUUUGCAUACAAAACGCUGUGUUAUUUACUUUUACCAAACAAGCAUAAAUACAAUUACAAAUAACUAUAAACGAAUAAAAUUAGCAAAGAGAAAAAGAAACAGUCAGGCGCACAGUGCUCUUCUUUUUAUUAUGAUUACCAAUGAAAAAGUACCCCUUUUCUUUACCUUUUAAGCUACCAGUCACACUAACAAAACAAACCUAAAACGUUAAGCAAUUAAGAAUCAAAUAUAUAAAGUUGCAUCAAGUCAAGUCCAAAAAAAGAACCACACUAAUAUCAUGUUUCACAUCUCACAAGACAUACAAAAAAAAACUAAAGGAAAAAUGGAAAAUGUAGCCGGAAGAGGUCGGCGUUUCCAGGCCAUUUGAUCGUCUCUUCGAAUAAAGGAUAAUUGAAUCACAUCUAAUGCAAAUCUUAGGUACCUUUGUUAGUAAACGAUAUGCAAGACAUACCCAAAAAUGGAAAACCUAUAUAAAAGACAAAAUACACACACACACACACACACAAGAGUAACUGCAUACGUGUUUACGACUCUAUAUACAAAAUAUAAAUGUAUAUCAAAUAUGGUCGCGCUUUAUAUAAAUCAAAUGAAAACGUAUUUACUAAAAAGCAUAACUUUAAAUGGAAUAUGACUUUUUUUAGGUCUCUGCAAAGUAAAAUAAAACAAAAAGGAACAAAGGCUAUAUAAAUCAUAUAAUAUGAUACAAAAUUAAGAAGAAAUCCCUUAAUUGUACGUGUAUUUGUAAAUUAUUUCAAGAGUCCAUGUUAAAGUCGAAUGAAAAAUAAAUUAAUGGCAGCCUAGAAUGGAAAUUAUAUUUAUUUGAUAAAUUAGUGAAAGGAGAACACAAAAUAAAUAGUUCUAUGUACAAUGGACAAACCCGAAAAACUUUUAAAUUGCUUGAAUAAAAAGAAGAAAAACCUA